GAACCUUGAAGCCUUUCCACCACAAGCGUUAUGAAGACUGACACAAGUUUCCCAACUUGCCCCCAAGCAGUCUCGAGGACCCUUGGACUCAAAUAUCAGAUUACUCAAGACCAUGGUACCAUCGAUGAUCGUCAUUGGCCUGCAGGGGUCUCAGACCCCCAGGCACGAGCCCACUCCGGAAAGCUUCUUGUAUGGCCCGAGACGCUCAUUGCGUCUCCACUUCCCUCACCGACUUCAGCGGCCCCCAUGGGCCCAAAACGUCCCUCUCACUUUCACUCACUGCCGCCCGCCCGCUCACUCACCAGUCGGUCGGUCUAUUGGCACCCGUUUUUGACGAAGGUUAGAUGUCCACCAUCCAACACGCACACGGGCCGCCACCACACCAAGGAGAAUGGGUGACUUGAUCGACUCGCUGUUCCAACGACAAUGCUCUGUGAAUCAAGACCCUGAAGACCACGGCUGGCCCGGACAAGACCCCGAGGUGACCAUCCUCGAAGUUGGGGGUCGGAGACCCGUUGACUCAUAUCAAUGCCGGAGCCCACAGGAGCUGAGACGCUAUCUAGACCGGCGUAACGAGGAUGAGGAUGACCCGUUCUGGGAUGAGCCUGUGAAGAGAAGGCCUACUUCACUCAGGCUAUUCUUCCUCCCAUAUCCCGACAAUGGUGCCAACAAAGCCUCGCCCUUCUCUCCGAGGCCAUCUGCAAUUGGAUUCGCAGAACUGUUAUGCGAGAAGGCAGGGUUUGCGUUAGAGUCUGGAGAGGCUCGUGAUGGUAGCGACGAUGAAGAAUGGGUCUCGCCGUCGAGUUCACCACGCCAAUCAGUCAUGGCGGCCUACCCAAGAAAGACAGAUACCUCACUUGACAGGAUAGACGAAGAUGACGAGGCGACGGGCGUGGACUACGGAGCCGACUUCAGACACAGCUGGGUAUGGGAGGCACGAUACAUACGGUCUACCACACAAGCCCUAGCCGACCAGGACGCCACGACAUACUUCUGUAUAAACCUCCCGAAAGUAUUGCAGAAGCGUAUAUCAGACGCUAUCCAUAGUAUGACGGCUUUGGCCAAGAACCCGCUAUUUCUGGAUACACUUAUAAUCGACGAAGUCAUAGCGUUCUACCGCGACGCGAUUAAAAGACACCGGGCUCAGCUCCUGGCUCUUAAUGAUGAUGAAUCCAACAGCACCGACCUGUCCAUAAAGCUGGAGGAACUAUCGACGCAGUGGCGCACGAUACUAAGGGACAUACAGGACAUGCAGGCACACAUCCACCACCUGCGCUCCGUGGCCGAUUCGAGGUCAUCCCGGCAGCAGGACUCGGAGAGGACGUCGGGGCUGCACCCACACGGCAACUAUCACAGGCACACGCGCCAGAAGUCGAGCGACGUGUUCGGCCCGCCCGCGACCGAGAUCCUGCAGCUGCAGCUCUCGACCUGCGACUUCUGGGCCCGCUGUGUGAACAUGUACCUCGACCGGACGACGAACCGCAUCAAGAACUCGACCUACCGCAUGACCAAGACCAUCCCCCUCCGCCGCCGCGGCUCCCUCCCGCAGCUCAACCGCCGCCUGAGCAACUUCACCAUCGAGGUGGCGGUGCACAUCCAGCGCAACAGCGCCUCGGUCUCGACGCUCGCCAUGUCCUUCCUCAGCACCGUCUUCUUCAGCCCGGACGGCCUGCUCUUCGCCCUCACCUACUGGUGGUGGAUCGCCGUCACCCUCAUCCUGCCUCUGACCUUUGUCAUCAUGCACCUCUGGUUCGAGACGCUCGCGACCAACGUCGGCCUGCUGCGCCGCAAGACCGGGGCCGCCCGGGGCGUCACGCGGCUGGGCGGCGUCGCGGAGGACAGGGAGGCGGAUGAGGAGGAUGGCGAGGUCGUGGACUGAGCUAGGUACGGGUCUUGAUCUGGUUCUUGUUCUCGUUUUCCAGGCCGGACUGACUGGUCGUUCUGCGACCGGCCCAGUGUUACUGCUACUCGGCAUUACCAAAAAGUGGCUUCGGCCCUUGCAUGCAUGUUGCGAGCAUUUUUUUUCUUUUUCUUGGCUGUUUACCUAGGUAUCAAGACAGUGUCAUUCUUCAUCCUCAUAGCAUUUUCGGACGCAGGCGGGAGACAUCUGAUUUGCACAGCAUAAAGAGACGGCUCAGUUGGAUCGCCUGCUGGUUUCACAUCGGGACUCAGAUGCUGCGGAGAGAAGCAUCUGUCACCCUUCCUUCCAUAGGCGUUGAG